AGGCCUAAGCGCAGACGCACUGAGCUCAAGCAGCCAGUGAUGGCGGCAGCGGCGGUGCUGUCUGCGGCGAGUCCGGGCCCAUGAGGCGACGACGGAGGCGGGACGGCUUCUACCCAGCGCCGGACUUCCGAGACAGGGAAGCUGAGGACAUGGCAGGAGUGUUUGACAUAGACCUGGACCAGCCAGAGGACGCGGGCUCUGAGGAUGAGCUGGAGGAGGGGGGUCAGUUAAAUGAAAGCAUGGACCAUGGGGGAGUUGGACCAUAUGAACUUGGCAUGGAACAUUGUGAGAAAUUUGAAAUCUCAGAAACUAGUGUGAACAGAGGGCCAGAAAAAAUCAGACCAGAAUGUUUUGAGCUACUUCGGGUACUUGGUAAAGGGGGCUAUGGAAAGGUUUUUCAAGUACGAAAAGUAACAGGAGCAAAUACUGGAAAAAUAUUUGCCAUGAAGGUGCUUAAAAAGGCAAUGAUAGUAAGAAAUGCUAAAGAUACAGCUCAUACAAAAGCAGAACGGAAUAUUCUGGAGGAAGUAAAGCAUCCCUUCAUUGUGGAUUUAAUUUAUGCCUUUCAGACCGGUGGAAAACUCUACCUCAUCCUUGAGUAUCUCAGCGGAGGAGAAUUAUUUAUGCAGUUAGAAAGAGAGGGAAUAUUUAUGGAAGACACAGCCUGCUUUUACUUGGCAGAAAUUUCCAUGGCUUUGGGGCAUUUACAUCAAAAGGGGAUCAUCUACAGAGACCUGAAGCCGGAGAAUAUCAUGCUUAAUCACCAAGGUCAUGUGAAACUAACAGACUUUGGACUAUGCAAAGAAUCUAUUCAUGAUGGAACAGUCACACACACAUUUUGUGGAACAAUAGAAUACAUGGCCCCUGAAAUCUUGAUGAGAAGUGGCCACAAUCGUGCUGUGGAUUGGUGGAGUCUGGGAGCAUUAAUGUAUGACAUGCUGACUGGAGCACCACCGUUCACUGGGGAGAAUAGAAAGAAAACAAUUGACAAAAUCCUCAAAUGUAAACUCAAUUUGCCUCCCUACCUCACACAAGAAGCCAGAGACCUGCUUAAAAAGCUGCUGAAAAGAAAUGCUGCUUCUCGUCUGGGAGCUGGUCCUGGGGAUGCUGGAGAAGUUCAAGCUCAUCCAUUCUUCAGACAUAUUAACUGGGAAGAAUUGCUGGCUCGGAAGGUGGAGCCCCCCUUUAAACCUCUGUUGCAAUCGGAAGAGGAUGUGAGUCAGUUUGAUUCCAAGUUUACACGUCAGACACCUGUUGACAGCCCAGAUGACUCGACUCUCAGUGAAAGUGCCAACCAGGUCUUUCUGUCCACUACUACUAUCUUUCAGGGUUUUACAUAUGUGGCUCCAUCUGUACUUGAAAGUGUGAAAGAAAAGUUUUCCUUUGAACCAAAAAUCCGAUCACCGCGAAGAUUUAUUGGCAGCCCACGAACACCUGUCAGCCCAGUCAAAUUUUCUCCUGGGGAUUUCUGGGGAAGAGGUGCUUCAGCCAGCACAGCAAAUCCUCAGACGCCGGUGGAAUACCCAAUGGAAACAAGUGGGAUAGAGCAGAUGGAUGUGACAAUGAGUGGGGAAGCUUCAGCCCCACUUCCAAUACGACAGCCGAACUCUGGGCCAUACAAAAAACAAGCUUUUCCCAUGAUCUCCAAACGACCAGAGCACCUGCGUAUGAAUCUAUGACAAAGCAAUGCUUUUAACGAAUUUAAGGCAAAAAAAGGUGGGAAGAUGAUUUAUGAUUAUCCUUCAGGGUGAAACAAGAAGACUGAAAAUGACAGUCUCGAAGAGUCAAUGUCGUUACAUAGAACACUUUGGACAGAGGAAAAAUAAACCUGGAUUUUUAAAAAUCAAUCAAUGGUGCAAAAAAAAUAAUUUAAGCAAAAUAGUAUUGCAGAACUCCGAGGCACAUCAAUUAAUUGAUUCCUAGCAACAUCUUCUCAACAUUAUCAAGGAUUUUCACGUUGAUGGCUCAAAACUGACAGUAUUAAGGAUAGGAUGUUGCUUUUGAAUCACUGUUGAGUUCUGAUUUGUGUCAAGGAGGGUUAUCCUUUCACUAGGCAAAGUACGAAAUUGCCUGUCAUACUUGCAACCAAGGACAAAUUAGCAUGCAAGCUUGGUCAAACUUUCCAGCAACAUGGACUCAAAGACAAACUUAUCAAUUGAUGUUUUAUGUGCAAACAACUCGAAUCUUUUUUUUUAUAUAAAUAUAUAUUUUUCAAAUAGACUUUUGAUUCAGCUCAUCAUGGAAAACAUCCCAAACUUCAAAUCCGAAAUUUUUGGUUGGUGUGAAGAAAGCUAGACAAGUUCUGUUUCUUCUCUUGGUGAAAUAAUAAAAAUGCAAAUGAAUCAUUGUUAACCACAGCUGUGGCUCGUUUGAGGGAUUGGGGUGGACCUGAGGUUUAUUUUCAGUAAUCCAGCUGCAACACCUAUCUGUAAUACUAGAGGAAAAAAAUUAAUUCUAUUGGCAGUACUGUUAUGAGCUAAGCUUAACUGGAAGCCUUGGAACGGGCGUACGUUGUAUGUCCUACAUGUCAUCCUUGUCCUGGGCCUGCGUUGCACUUGGAAACAUAUUACCACCUGUUCUUAUACCAGUGUUUGGUUCAAGACACCAAAUGUUUCAGCCUAUGGCUGAAGGAGGUCAGAAGAGAGUCAGGAUAAAAUGUGUACUGAGGGCGACAAAGUGAGGAAAAUGGGGAGAUUCAGGGAAGAGGGUGUUGCCAUCGUCCACUCUCUGUCUAAUCUCUUCACAGCAAAUUGGUAAGGUUGUAAGUUUUACUUUUUACUGUUUUUGUUGUCUACCCUCCUUACAUUUUUCCCCUCAACCGUUUUCAAAGGAAAAAGGUUAUUUUCUCCUAUACUGGGGCUACAUUUUUUUUAUUGUAAAAAUAUUUGAUGGCCUUGUGAUGAAUGUCUUCCACGGUGAAUAAGAAAACUUAGUGGCUUACUUUAGGAAAUAUGCUAACAAGACACUAUGUUUUUGAAAUUGUAACAAAAUAUACAUAAGUGAUUUACUGGUACAAAGAAUGAAAAUAAAGGUAACUUUACCCUUUUUAAAUACUUCCUGCCUUAAAGAGAGCAUUUCCAUGAUUUUAGCUGGUGAAAGGGUUUAAUAUCUGCAGAGCUUUAUAAAAAUAUAUUUCAGUGCAUACUGGUAUUAUAGAUGAUCAUGCAGUUGCAGUUGAGUCUUAUCACCCUUUUUUUGUCUUUUAUAAUGUCUUAGUCUGAGUGUGCAAAUUCAAUUUGUAAUACUUUGCAACCCUAUGAUUCUUUUUUAAAUAGAUGCUGCUUGCUAUGUUCUCCAAACCUUUUUGAGCCAUAGGAUCCAAGCCAUAAAAUUCUUUAUGCAUGUUGAAUUCAGUUAGAAAAGAGCAAAGCUUUGCUUAUUUAAAUGACAAUUCAAGUGAGAUGAGAUGAUUUUGCUUAAUGGCAUUAAGCCAAAACAGAUCCAUGAAAAAAUGAUUGGAAAUAUACUUUUUCAAUUGUGGCAAUAAAUGAAAGAAUUGAUAUAGUUCAUAUUUGAAUAGAAAGCUGUUUGUUGGUUUUUAAAUCACUCCCUGUAAUCCCCCCUUUCCCAUUAUUGCAGUAACUUACUGAGUACUUCAUAACUGUAGCUAAUAAAUUAGAAGAUGCAAAUAAUGAUAAGGCAGAAAUUGUAUUUAAAGUGCAGAUAUUCUCUGACAGUUUAUGAUAUCUGGAAAAACAGAUCCCAAAAAGCUGUGGUGAUAUGUAGAGACUCUAUUUCAGACAGUGUAUGGCUUAUAAUACUUUGAUAUUUGUUUUCAAAUAUAUUUACUAACUGUAGUGUUGACUGCCUGACCAAAUUCCAGGAAAAUCUUUACACCAAAAUACUCCUCCUCAGUCCUACUUGCUACUAACAUAUGCACUGUGAUAGGCUGGCUAUAAACACCCCAUAGUUAAAACCAUUUUCAUAAUUAGUAUUGCCAGCAAUAGUGGCAACCUGCAACUUUUCUGCAUAAAAAACAUUAAUUGCACAUCUACCAUCUAUACAAAUACAAUUUUCCAAGUUAACAUAUAGGAAAAUUAAUUUCCUAUGCUGUGGCAGGUUUAUUGAGAAAUUGUUUCAUUAAAAGGAUAUCCCUGCUAAGACUGUGAAAAUAUGUCAAGUGCCACAUUAGUGUCACAGACGGAAAGCACACACCUAUGCAAUAUGGCUUACCCUAUAUUUAUUUGUAAAAAUCCAAGCAUAGUUUAAAAUAUAUGAUGUCAAUAUUACUAGUCUUGAAUUUUUAAGCGGGUUCUUUAUGAUUCUUCCAGGUAAGUGUAUAAAAGAGAUUAAGUGCUUUUUUUGUUUCAUCACCUGAUUAUUUUCUUUAAAGUCAGCUAUUACAGGAUAUUUUUUUAAUUUUAUAUACAUGCUGUUUUUUAAUUCAAAUAGUCACUGAGAACUGAUGUUUACUAAUUCUGAUUUUAUAAGGUUUGUAGCAUUACAGAAUAAACUGGGAUUUAUAAACCUGCUGUGAUUAACAAUGUAAAGUAUUGAUUAUUGAACUUGAACCAGAUUUUUUAGAAAAUUACAUUCUUUUCCCUUUAUGGUCUUAACUACUUUGAAUCCUUCAAGAAGGAUUUUUCCAUGCUGUUUUGUGGGUUUUUUUUGUUUUUGUUUUUUGAGAUAGAAGAUAAUGAGGGUGGGGUGGGGGAAUAAUGCAUGUACGAUGCUCCAUAAAUUCAACAUUCUUUAAGUAAUAAAUGAUUAUAAAGAAGAUGUAUCUUCAAUAGUGUUAAUAUACUGAGCCUUGGAUUUUUAUAUUUAAUAUAGGACCUAACUAUUUUGGUAACUUAGUCAUAUGAUUCCUAGCUUACAAGGGCUUGAUCUAAGAUAAUUCCCAUGAAAAAUGUUGAAUUUAUGAAAAAUGGAUUUCGAGACUUUGAAAAUGGUUCAUUUCUCAAAUAUCAUCAGUGUCCAAACAUUUACCUUUUUUCAUAGGCGUAGACACUAGGCAAGCUGGAAAAACCAAUCAUAAAAGUAUUUGUCACACCGUGUCCUGUAGUCUGUUGCUGAUUAAUAUUAAACUUUUAUUGUGUGAUUCUUAAUUUACCACUAGCACAAGUAUUAUCUCAGUGGAUUAUCUGAAGUAAUAGCUGAAAGAUGGGUUCAUCUGUGUUUGCUCUUUAAACUAUUAUUUUUUUUCCAAGUUGGCUUUGCAUCUAUCAGAGUAAAUAAAUUCUUCAGCUGCCUUAUUAGGAGUGCUAUGAGGGUAACACCUUUUCUGCUUUUCAUCUUGUAUUUAGUUUACUGUAUUAAGUAUUUGAUUUCAGAAUGAAUGAAUGUAAAUAGAAAUUAAAUGCAAAUUUGAAU